AUUAUAAUACUUAGAAAGGAAAUCAAAUGAAACGAUAAAUAAAUGAUGGUUGAACUUACAGAUAUUUCCUCUGAUGGAGUGAACCUAAACUCUAAAUAAAAACUAAAUCGGAAGUUACGUCAGCUGCACACGUCCGUAACGCAAGGUUUGAAUCUAGCAUUGUUUUUCCUUGAGACGUGACCUUGGGACACCAGUUGAGUAAUUCUGUGUUUAGCAUAACCGCACAAUUUCCUUUGUAUUAAAUAGACUCUACACCUGCAUAAUAUGCCAAGAUUCAGGAGAAAACUGCGGCUGACCAUCGUUAUCUGUGUAUUCUUUUGGAUUUACAUCAAUUUCGUCUUAGAUCCUGUAUAUUUGCAAUCGAUCCAUCGCUACGUUGUCAGACAUGAAAUCUUACGAGGAGAUGUUGUGAAAAAGCAAGAGACGCAUUCGAAGAGCAGACUUUGCAGAGAGAAACUAUCGUUCCCCGGAGAAAUGUGCCCCAAACCUUAUUCAGAUAUUGCCUCUUGUGAAUUAAGCGAGGAUGGAUUUUCCUGUCCUGACAUCCGACGUAAAGGGAACACCACGCUGCGACAGGCUCAAUUGGUAGUCACGAGGAUGUUGCGAGUAUUUGAUCUCAUUGCGCGCAAGCACAACUUGCCAUACUGGGUGCGAUCCGGAUCCCUGAUAGGAGCUAUAAGGCACAACGGGUUUAUUCCAUGGGACGACGAUAUUGAUAUAGAGAUGCCACUCAUGUAUUACAUUGACUUUUUUGAAAAAUUCUCCAGAGAACUACCAGACGACAUGUUCUUCCAAACAUCCAAGACAGACCUGACUUAUCAUCGGCCGAAGAGUAUUUUUAACAUUAGGUCGGUCAGUGAUAGACGGGUCGGAGUCUACGGUGGUAAUUGGCGCCCUAAAGUCAGAGAUCGAUCCAGCUGCUACAAAUAUUGUCUUAAAAAAGGGUGCACUUGGCACGACGGUCUGCAGCUCGAUAUCUUCGUAACCGACUCAAUUCCUUGGGGAAUAUUUCCGUUGAGAGAAAUGAGCUUUGAGGGAUUCAACAUUCUCGUUCCAAACAGGUGGAAAAGUGUGAUAGCUGAUGAGUACCCACAGUUUAUGGACUUGCCUAGAGAAGCAUUCAGAUUACCAAAAAAUAUAGACGUUGAUCCCCUGCAUAGCUGCGAAGCAUUGUUAUAAAAGAAGACGAAAGUGUAGCAUUUACAUGUUAAAUAUUCAAGUUAACGAAAGUGGAAAAUUUCAUUGUUUCAAUAUAAUUUUACAAAGUAGCUACUUGCAUCUGAAUGGCCAGGUAAGGUAAAUUUUGUACUUCUAUAUUCUCUAUCUUUGAAAUUGAAAGAGCAUUCGAACCACAAAGACAGUAUAUAGAAAGCCAAGUAAAAUCUUGCUUUUUGGACCGAAUAGCUUUAAUUUGAAUGCCCUUCUCGCGUCAUUACUCUGUGCAUGCAUACAUUACGAGAAAACUGUCAGGUCACGCUGUGGAAGCAAUGAUACAUGAUAACACCUGGCCGUUGGAUUGGAUUGUGCUAGCAUAACUUUUGGCAUAAUCUGGUGAAACGAGCAUAAGUUUAGCUCUCUUUAUAAACGUAGCACUCCUAGCAUAUUCAGCAUAUGUUUGGUUUUCUGUUUUUUUGUUGUUGUUUUUUUGUAUUUGUUUUUGUUCGUUUUCUUUUGUUUUGUUUUGUUUUUUAAAGAGGACAAGAGGACAUUAACAGAAUCAGGAGGGAUUUGUAUGAAAAUACACGGUUGAAUUUCUAACCUAGGAUCUGAACUAGUUUUGAAUAAAAACAACCUUCUGUUGGGAAUUAGAUAAUUGCCUGACAACACAGCAGUUUUCCCGAUAAACUCGCGCUAAAAUCAGUCACUUACGAUAUAAUUUUUUAACAGAUAUAAUUUUCUCUCACAAUGUGCCAAGUUUUUUUUUACAACACACGUGGUGUAUUUUAGAACAAAGGAUAUACAAUCGGUGAAUGUUUCCUUUGAUUGGUUACAGUUACUGAUGAUGACAGAUUCGAUGCCUAUCCCUUUCAGGUGGACUAAACAACGAAAUUUUAAACGCGUUAAAAAGGUUUUGAUUAUGUAAACACACGAUUUCCGACACUUCCUCCCUUCUGCGUUUGUUCCUUUGCGUUUUGUGAGUUUUCUCGAUUUAUUACAGUUAGCUGUUUGGGUAUUCCAGCUCUCCUGUUUUUGUCACGUACACAGUCCUUUUCUUACCUUUUUCAGAUUUUUAGGUCAAGAAUAUAACCGUUUAUUUUCAAACAAAUCCCUUAAGAGCCAAGUUAUGAAUUCAGUCCAUGAAAUGACCUGGGAGGACUGGCUAGCUUGCAAUCUGAAUGAAGGCGUCUGUAUUAUGGAGCAUUAUCGUUACAAGCUCUCAGUUGUUUAAAGGGUGAAAGUUACUAAAGAAACCGUGGUACUGCGUCGGUGGGGGUAACAAGGUAAUUUGGUUACAG